AAAAUUACUACUACCGUGCGGUUCGCGUGAAUUCAGGCGCUGCGACUAAAUAGCGAAAACCCUUUGAAAAUCAAUAGUAUAAUUUACAAAUUAACUGUGAAUCGAUAGAGUUGCCAUCAAAGUGGAAAACGAGAAUUUUGAUAGAGUGAGAGAAGGUCAAAAAUAGCUCGAGCAGAGGAGACUAGAAGUAGCGCAGCAGCAGGUCAUGCCCGCAGAGGCAAGCGGAGCAAGCGGAAAGAGAAUAGAGAGUCAACGAACCAUGCCCCAGCCGGAAGAGAAGCAUCUCCAGCAGCUGCUGGUGCACCUGGAGAAGGUGCCCCGCCCACAGCUGCAGCAGAAGUUCGUGGCCUACUUCAAAAAAGGCCAGAAGGGCCAGCCGAGCCAGUGCUGUCUGGAGGACUUUGCGGCGUUCUUCCUGUCCGCGUUGCGGCACCACACAAAGAAGUACUACUACUCGCGGAGCUCAGAAACCCCAGUCAAGUCCUUGACGCCCAUCCGGACUCAGAAACCGCUGCCAGAAGAUGUCAUUCAGGAGCCGCUCCAGGAGGAGCAGCUAUUCGACGAGUCGCUCGCUAACAGAAGCGCCUCCAGCGCCGCGUCCACCUCCACUCCGGCCAGGCAGCAAACGCAGAGCCGCCGCUCCACCCCAGCCAGCGCGGGCGGUCAGUUCUGCAGCACACCUCAGAGCGGUGGAGCCAACAGAAGCGCCGCGGGAGGAGGAGCGGCCGGUCACAGCUUUUGUUUGGGCGAUUUCCUAGUCAACACGCCCAACCAGAGCCAGCAGCGCAUGAAGAAGAAGACUACGCCGCAGAGUCAGGGUGGGGUCGCGACAGCUGCAUCCACGGUCACUCCACAGUCCAAGCCGCGCAGAAGAGUGCUGCCCAUGACGAUUAGCAAGAACGUGUCCGCCAACUCGUCCUUUGGGGACACCAGUUCCUUUAGCAACGACAACAACCUGUGGCGGCUCUCGCAGAGCAGCGAAAUAUUCGAUCGGAGUCAGGGAGCAGCACUGGACAUGGAGGCUCGGAAGUCGCUGCUCCUUCACAAGCAGGAAAUCAAGAGCGAGGCGCCUGUGAAUUUGAGCCAGCAGGAGCAGAGGACCCCCGACGAGGAAGUGCUGCCGGUUGAGAGCGUAAGCCUGGAAGAUGUCCGGGACACUGGCCACUUACAGUUACUGUCUGCGAUUUACGGCCUCCUCAUAGAUCUCAACUUGGUGCCCAAUGUCCUCAGCGAACUGAGCUUCGCGAUCCACCUGCUCAACAUCAGGGUCACGACCCAAUCCCCAGAAGAACCAACCGCAACGAAGCCGUUUGAGAGGCUGUCUGACUACAAGAGUUGCAUUUUCUUUGCAGCCCAGCUUCUGGAAAACCAGCAGAAGCUUCUCCUCCAGCUGGACCGCAAGACGAUGGGUGUGCUCCUGCAGAACGAACGCCUAAGCCUGCUGCCCCAGAGCAUGGUGCAACAGCUAGAAGCUUCCUGCCAGCAAAAGCAAGACUGCUCCAGGGAAGAGACUGCACCGUCCUCUGCCCAGCAGAAUGUUUACUUUCACGAGGAGAAGGAUUCGAGGGACAACUUUCCCUCGGAGAAUGAGUUCCGCGCCUUUAAGUCGCAGAGAGAUCUGUUCUAUAAAAGCUUCAAGCUAUGGGAGUCGAGCCACCUGAACAGAGUCUUCAACUUUGCCAGCGAGCUGAACGCCAGGGUGCGGGAGAUCUUCAAGGUCUCGGAUCACCCAGUCAACAUGGCGCACUUUGCUAAGCUGUUCGUCAGCCAGCUGCUGAUUUCCGGCACCGAGUCCACUGAAUCUCCCGAAGAACUGGGCCUAAAACUGGAUCCCCUGAGGCUCAACAGGCUCGCCCAACGCCUGGUGACCUCCAACUCGAGCGUGGAGGGCCAGUUUCCACGCUCGCAGGCUUUUUUCAGGGAUUUUAUUACCAGCUGCCCCUCAAUGGCGUUUCUCGUGCAGCUCAAGAUAGCACUCUACGUGCAGCUGAUGCGCCACAACGAAUCUACCUUCGAACUCCUCCAGCUCUCGGAGGAUGUGGGCGAAGAGCAGUCCGCCCAGCAGGGCCCGUACAUUGUUCGGGUUCAGACCAUGGCCAAUAUGCUGAUUUUGGCCAAGUUUCUCGGUUUUGUGACGGUGCUGCCCUUCAGCGGCACAACACAGCACGCAGGUCCGGCUCCGGCGCUCCUCUGCCCACAGCAGCUGCAGCUGCGCAGCCACUUCCAACCGGAGUUCCAGCUGAGGGACAUCGUCGAGCGCUCGAUGCGGCAGGGGAAGCUGCUCAUUACUCUGCCAUGGCUGGUGCACUACCUUGUGAUGUUGGACUUGGUUAGCCUGCAGUUGCCGGAUUCCCUGGCCACCUUGGAGCUCCUUUUCGGGCUGUACGCCUCGCUCAGAACGGAGAAGAUGCAGCCCGGAGCAGUCUUCAUAGUCAGGAGCUGCAUAGGCUGGUUGUUGGACGCCCAGCCGCAACUGGUCAUUGGCUACUACGCGUAUCGGAAGAGGGAGUCGGGCUCAUCGCAUGUGGCAGCAACUGUAGAGCACUGCCUAAGUGGGCUACGCUCCCAGGAGGGUUCUCUUGCUCCCUCGCUAGAGGAACUGCUGCCUGUGGCCUGUCCCUUUGUGCAGGAGUUCCGAGUGAGCAUUACUCCGUCGAGGCAGGCGCGAAGCGGGCGCUUCCGGUAUAUCACCACGCGGCUGGAGCAGCUGAAGCAGAACAGCAGCUCUAGUUCCAAGGAGGCAAUUGUGGCUCCUGCCGAGCUGACGCCGGCGGACCUACAGCAGCGCCGGUUGGCAGAUGCUUUCCUGCACUCGCAAAACGCUUCCACGCGGAGACUGAUUGAGUUUGUGACGGAGCGCUGCUUUAAGUGCGUGGUUAAGGACGCCCAGCAGGAAAUUCUACUGCCCUCCAAGGCGGCUGCCGAUGGAAGGGUGAACGAGAUCUGCUCGCUGGAAGCCGGGGAGGUGCUCCUGCAACUGCAGCAGAUAUUCCAGCAGGCCAGGGAGCAGGCUUGUCAGAGCUGGAAGGAGAAGGUGCCGCAGUUGCUGAACCAAAGGAUAACUAAGUCUUUGGAGGCGCUGCUCCCGGCCAGCACCAACGAGGCGCUGCGCUCCACCUACGCUCAUCUCGUCCGCUGCCAAGCGCAGGUGCAGCUGCAGCAGUGGCUGCAGGCCAGUGUGAUGCAGUCGACCUUCUAUCAUGGGGAUCUCGAGGAGCUGGCCACUAAGGUGUGCCACUCGAACAAGUUCAAAGCGACUUCCGCUGAAGGCGGAUCCAGCGAGCUCCAGCUCUCUUCGGACGUCGGUUUCAGCUUGUCGGAGUUACUCUUCCAGUUGCAGCAGUGGCGGCAUAGCCUCAGCCUCCGGCCGGAGAGCGUGGGAACCCAAAAGGAGCUAGCCGAGUUACUCCGGCAAUGCCAGGAGGCAGUCCUUCUGAAGCAACUGCCAACCGUUUUCUAUCACCUGAUUGGCUCUGGGUUGGUCCACCUUCUGCAGCUUCUCAUAACCAAGAAGCCAGAGCUCCUUACUUUGGACGUAACCUCCACCUGUUGUGUGGCAUGGCUCUCGCCGCAGCUACUGCCCGGCGAGGGCUGCCCCAGCAUCUUCGAGGGACUCUUGAACGUCACCUUCAUAGGGGAACUGGAGAAGAAUCCCUACGGCUUCCUUCUGCUGGAGGAGCUGCUCCGAGCUAUGCUCAAAACAGGAGUCAUUCGUGCUGACCAACUCAACGACCUGUUUAUGCCGCUGUUCCGGGAGAACUGGACCCCGACUGUGUGGGCGCCCCUGUCUAAUCUCCUCCAGCAACUUUCGGUCACCGAGGGCGUGGGCGUGGCGCAGACUGCAUCGUCUGUAGAGAGCCCCGAAGACGAGGCUAAGUCGCACCUCUUCAUGGAGAUGUUGGCCGACCUUUCGCGCGAUCUGGAUAGCUUUUAAUAAAAAAUCAUUCUUAUGUAACGUACCGUUUGUGUGUCGAAUAAAGCGUUCCUUUUUGUA